AUGACAGUUCAAUCCAAAGGGCAAGCAAGCAUCAUGUCGCCGGCAGUCGUGACGCCGCAAGAUACCCCCAGCCAGUCCGUCACACCGACUCCUCCUCACAACCCCGCUCACGAGGAACAUCAGUACCUCAACCUCAUCCGCACCAUCCUCGCUGAAGGCGAGCAUCGUCCCGACCGCACAGGCACUGGCACUCGCUCAAUCUUCGCACCACCACAGCUGCGCUUCUCGCUCUCCAAGCCUGGCGCUACACCCUCCUCGGACCCGAUCCCCGUCCUCCCCCUCCUCACCACCAAACGCGUUUUCCUUCGCGCCGUCAUCGCAGAGCUCCUCUGGUUCAUCUCCGGUUGUACCUCUUCCAUCCCCCUCUCGGAAGCAGGCAUCAAAAUCUGGGACGGUAACGGGAGCCGCGAGUUCCUGGACAAAGUCGGGCUCGGACACCGCGAGGUCGGCGAUCUAGGCCCCGUCUAUGGGUUCCAGUGGCGGCAUUUUGGGGCGCAGUACGUCGACGCCAAGACGGAUUAUACGGGUCAAGGCGUCGACCAGCUCGCAGAGGUCGUGCGCAAGCUGAAAGAAACGCCCUUUGAUCGGCGCAUUAUCAUGAGUGCGUGGAACCCGGCGGAUCUGAAGAAGAUGGCUCUCCCGCCUUGCCAUAUGUUUGCGCAGUUCUAUGUCUCAUAUCCGAAUGGCCUGGACCAGAAGGGGAGUCUGUCGUGUCAGCUGUAUCAGCGUUCGUGCGAUAUGGGGCUCGGGGUACCGUUCAACAUUGCGUCGUAUGCCCUGCUGACACACAUACUGGCCCAUGCGACGGAUCUCAACCCGGGCACCCUGAUUCAUACCAUGGGUGAUGCGCAUGUGUAUCUGGACCAUGUCGACGCGUUGAAUGAGCAGCUCAAGCGGGAGCCUACUGAGUUCCCGGAACUGCGCAUCAAGCGUGAUGAUCGCGGUAGUGGAGUUGUGGAUGGUUGGAAGGAAGAGGAGUUUGAGGUCAUUGGGUACCAGCCUCACAAGGCUAUCAAGAUGAACAUGAGCGUUUGA